GGCCUUGGUCAUCACAACACUUGCAGUGUUCCUACAAAGUUGUCUGGGGAUUUGGCUGGUGUGAAUGUUGUCCAUUUGGCAACUUAUGGAGAUUGCUGUCUGGCUGUAUCAGAAGAGGGUCAGGUGUUUGGCUGGGGAAAUUCGGAGUACUUGCAGCUUGCAUCCAUCACUGAACUUACACAGGUCAAUGUUCCACGGUGUCUACCAUUUCAGCAUGUUGGGAAGGUGAAGCAGGUGGCGUGCGGUGGACCAAGCUGUGCUCUAUUAAAUGAUGAUGGCAAUGUUUUUGUUUGGGGUUAUGGAAUACUGGGGAAAGGGCCAAAAUUUCUGGAGUCGGCUGUCCCUGAGAUGAUUCCUCCAACACUAUUUGGUCAGAGUGACUUUAACAAAAACACCAGGGUCUUGAAGAUCUUUUCAGGGCUCGGCCAUUUUGCUGCUUUAACAGGUAUGUAUCACCAGGAAAGGUUUGUAAAAAGCUGCUUGCUAGACAUUAGAAAUACACUGAUCAUCCAUAACUACAGUCAGGUCCAUAAAUAUUGGGACAUC